AUGGACGAUAAUCUCCUUGAGGAGGAGGUGGCUCUACUUCAGCUGACGCCUGAAGUGCUUGCAGCUCUCUCCCGGUCUCUUGAGGACUCUUCAACGAGUUCUUCGUUGAAUUCUUUGGCAGAACAUGUCUUGUAUGGCGAUGCAAUAUGCCGUCAGCAAGUUGAUAUCGUGCGUCUGCAGCGAGAGCUUGACGAAGCCCCUUUAGAGGCCUCGUGCAAGAGAGAUAGUUCUUUAGCAGUGCCCUUUUUGAGAAGGCUUCACUGGGCGCGGCUGCUGCGGCUUUUGAGUGGAGAGACACUCGAAGGGUGGGCUCUGCAGGUGAAGGAGCAGCGCGACCGCUACCGCUCCCUCCGGCAGCAGCAACAGCUUACAGCUAGCCAGCUAGCCACCCUAGACCCGCAGCGGUUCCACCCAUUGGCGGCCACAGCAGGCAAUCCAUGGAGCCAACGACAGGCGGAUGAAGAGCUGCAAGAGGAGAUAUGGAGAGAUAUUGAGCGAACGUAUCCUGAACGGCAACUGUUCAACAGAGAGGGAACUCGGCGGUCGCUGCAGAGGGUGCUCUUCACGUGGGCGAAGGGCAACCCCGACGUGUCUUACAAACAAGGCAUGAAUGAAAUUUUGGCGGUGUUGUACCUUGCAUGCGCUCGCGAAGCCGUGCCUUCUCCUCCUGCGGAUGCGCCUUUGUCUCCCUUCUCGAUAAUAUUUUCAGCAGACCCUGCGGACUUAGAAGCCGAUGCAUUUUGCCUUUUUGAUGGGCUCAUGACUGGUUGCUGCAUGCGCUACAUGUACCUACCUCCCCAGAAAGAACCGCCGGCCGCUCCUCUCAAGGGCAGCCAUAUCGGCCAUCUCUUGGGUUCCCCGCAACCCCCCAGAGCGCCUGCAACUUCUGCAGUGUUGCACAGGUGCAAUAUGGUGUUUGACGAUGCUCUGUGUAAGUCGGAUCGUGAUGUAUACUUGCAUCUGAAUGAACUUGGCGUUGAGCCCCAGCUUUUCUUGCUGCGGUGGCUGCGACUACUGUUUUCUCGCGAGUUCCACAUUGAAGAUACAUUGCUGAUUUGGGAUGCUCUCUUGGCUGACGCAUGGCUCGCUACUGAGCCAAACGUACCAGCAGGAGGCGCUCGAGGAGCAGCUGAAGCAACAGGGGCAGGAUCAGCACUCGCGACAGCACCAGCCCCCUCAGCAGCAGCAACAGCAACUGCAACACCAGGAACCGCUGGAACAGUAGGAGCGUGUACGCCUGAGGAGUGUGCCUCUGCAGCUGCAAAGAAGCUCCCUCUUGUUGACUACUUCGCCAUUGCAAUGCUGAAGUUCAUUCGCCAACAGUUGCUGGAAAGUGACUACAGCAACUGUCUCCGGCGUCUGCUUAAGUACCCCCCUAUUGAAUCUGUGCAGUGCUUAGUGGCCCUAUCGCUUGCUGUUCGGAAGGGAACUACCCUGAGCACUGCUUCAGCUGCUGCUACACCCAACAGCACCAACCGCCGCCGCGAUAACAGUAGCAAUGGCAUCAACAACCAUAGCAGCAUGGACAGGAGCAACAGCAGGACGGCCAACGCCAGUCCUGCUGUUCAGGGGCCAAUCAGAAGUCCCCCAGGCCAUCCAAGGUUUAUUCAGCAGCCGCCGCCUCUCACACCAACAAUCGUCAGCAACCCACAGUUGCAGCACGACGAAACUUCUAACCAGCAGGAUUGGCACAAGGAGAGCGCCUUCACGAGGGGUACAGCAACAGCUGCUGCAUUCGACACGCCGGGGGAGGCGUCGACAGCCGGCCUACUUGGAAGUCACAUCGAUGCGAUGCGCCAGGCGCUUACCUCUGUGGCUGAGGGAUGCAAUGACCUUCCCCCAUCGGUGACGGACGUGCUGCUUUGCGUCGCUAGAGAUCUAGGCGCCCUGAAGUCGGUUUUGCACGGGGCCCCGUACUGCGCCUCCAUUUUCAAGUUGACCCCUGUUGGGCCUCCUAGGGCUUCACUUGCGCUUCCGCAUAGAGCGCCUCUUCACAGCUCUGCAUCUGACACUUUAGAGGAGGGCUCUGGGAAUCAGAGAUGCCGCCUUUUCGACUGA